AUGAUACAAGAAUAUUCUAGUCCAAGUGUUACAGAUUUGGAGACUCAAAAUAAUACUGAAAAUUAAUUGAUUACAAGGAAUUAACUAAGCAAACUAUCAUUUGAGAACUUAAGCGAAAAAGAAAAAUUUGCAUCAUUUUACAAACAAGAAAUUCUCAAAGGUGUUACAGGAAAUGCUAUUCCAGGAGAAACUUUGUUUAUUAUGGGAUCUUCUGGCGCUGGUAAAACUACACUACUUAAUAUUCUGAGUGAUAGAGUUUCCUUAAAAUCUACAUCCAAACUAAGCGGUAAAGUCCUUAUAAACGGGUGUACAAAUUUGAAUCAAAGGACAUUUGGGAAUAUUGGAGCAUAUGUAAUGCAAGAUGAUAUUUUAUUUCCACAUUUUACCCCUCGUUAAGCUUUGACUUUUGCUGCAAGAUUAAAAUUGAACAAUCUCUCAGAAGAUGACUAAGAUUUAAGAGUUGAGUCUUUAAUAUUAGAGUUAGGCUUAAAACAAUGUGCUGACUCAAUGAUAGGUAGCUCAAAAAGGAAGAUAUUGUCUGGAGGAGAAAAAAAGAGAGUGUCUAUUGGUAUAGAAUUGAUAACUGAUCCAAAAUUAUUACUAUUAGAUGAACCUACAUCUGUGAUAGCAACCAUUCAUUAGCCAGGAUCUUAAGCUUUUUCUAACUUUGACCGUUUAUUUUUAAUGUGCGAUGGCUUUGUAGUAUUUUAAGGUAAAGCUAGUGAAGUUUCUUAAUAUUUCAGUAAAAUUGGAUUUAAUUGCCCUCGCUAUUCUAACCCAGCUGAUUUUAUAAUUAAUACCACUUCAAUUGACUACCCAAAAAGAGUUAACGAUGAAAAAAAGAUAUCAUAUCUUGUGCUUAAAUACAAAGAAGUAAUCCCAGAUGUAAUAGAUCAUGAUUUAAAUUCAUACAAUAUUCUUGCAUUUUAAGGAGAGAGACCCGUAUUUUUAAGAGAAUCUGCCAAUAAAAUGUAUGGAGUAUUUCCUUAUUAUAUUGCAAAGACUAUUGUGGAAAUCCCAGUGCUUAUAUUUCAGCCAAUGAUAUGGUCACUUAUAGUUUACUUUGGAGUAGGAUUGACAGUAACUGUCAAAUAAUUCUGGUAUCACUAUCUAGUAUUAGUUCUUCUUUCACUAAGUUCCAGUUCAUUCGGAUUAUUUAUAUCUAGUUUGUUUGAAAGUGAGGAAACGGCAGUUACAGUAGCUCCAGUUAUCCUUAUGCCAUUCAUACUGUUUAGUGGUUAUUUUUCUAAUGCUAGUUCUUAUCCUAAGUGGAUUGGAUGGAUUUAAUACAUUUCCCCAGUGAGAUAUUCGUUAGAGGCUUUUGUAAUAAAUGAAUUUGAGAGUCGAGAUUACAAAGAUACAGACAUUAAAAUUAUUGAUUUUCUUAGUUAUGAUAUUGGUUUUACUAGUUGUCUUUUGAGUUUAUUCACUCUGGGAAUAGCAUUUAGAAUUUUGACUGGAUUAGUAUUAAAAUACUUUGUAAGAAAAUUUUAAUGA